UUUCAGCUUAACACCAAAACAGCCCCAGCAACCAACCAGGCAUCUGGCCUAGAAGAAAAAGGAAAAGCUGGCAAUGCCAAGAAGGCAGAGGAGGAGGAGGAGAUUGACAUUGAUCUGACAGCACCAGAGACAGAGAAGGCUGCUCUUGCUAUUCAGGGCAAAUUCCGCCGAUUUCAGAAAAGAAAAAAGGACCCCAGCUCCUGAAUGGCCUUGCCCUUCACCUUGCUCCCUUUUCUCCCCUUUCCCACAGCCCUGACUCCCCUGUGUCUUUGUUCCUUUGUUCCUCUGGCCUCUCAUUGGAGGCAGGUUCAACCCUUCUAUAUUCUUUUCUCUGGCCCCCUCAAGCCAUCACAGCAGUAGAGGCACAAAGAAUGUGGAAGAUACGUGGAAGAUGAAGACUUCAGUUGGCAGCCAGUUGCCUGAGGGUGGACCAAUUUCUCCCUGGGAUAAGGCUCCUUGAUCAGAACCUAUACUUCCCUGUGGAGUUGAAGAAGAGGCUUUGAGGUUGAGAGACCCCCCCCAACACCACAGUGUGGGAGGGAGGGGACAGCCUUUAGUAGGGUGCCUGAGGGUAGGACACAUGCACGGCUUGCCAGUUGCAACAUUCACACUUCAGGUCACAUUUUCCCCUGCAGAUCCUUCUCACCACUGCCCCCAACUUCCCCUCCCAGGAUCUAAGCCUCAGGGGGCACUGCAGCCUCCCCCCCACUCCGCCUCUGCCCCCAGGCAGACCUGAGUCAAGCUGCUUGCCACAGUAGUGCAUGCUGAGUAGGUCAGUUCCAAGGAAGGGAAACGGACUGGCAGUGGCAAGGAAAAGUCUCCCUCAUCGUCUAGUCCAGGACCAUAGGGGACAGAGACAGAGCAGUUCUGGGGUUGCAGGUGGGGGACUGAAAAGUGGGGUGGUUUAGGGAGGAAAGAAAAGGAAGAGGGGGAAGUCGCUGAAGCCACAAGCUGCUGCUGUAAAAGUGUACCACGUGAAGGGUUCUUGGGGCUUUGCUAACUUGCCUGCCUCUAAUUCCCCGAGUCCAGCUGUCCCGGAGGCCACACAAAACAAGUGACCCCUGUAGUUCCCACUCGCUGCACUGUAGAGUCAGGGCAGAAAUGGAAUAGCUACCCUGUGAUUUUAGCAUGUUUAAUAAUUAAAACAAUAAAAAGCCCCUCAAAUGGGGUCAUUUAACCUCU